AUGGUUGUCAGGCAGUACGAUGAAGAGUUAAAAUACUUAGAGAAAAUAAAUCCACACUGUUGGAGAAUUAAAAAAGGUUUUCAACCAAAUAUGAAUGUUGAAGGGAUUUAUUACGUUAACAAUACACUCGAAAAGCUUAUGUUGGAUGAACUAAGAAACUCAUGCCGGCCCGGUAUGGCAGGAGGAUUUCUGCCUGGCGUAAAACAAAUUGCAAAUGUAGCAGCAUUGCCAGGCAUUGUUGGUCGGUCUGUGGGUCUUCCAGAUAUACAUUCAGGCUACGGAUUUGCUAUAGGUAAUAUGGCAGCAUUUGAUAUGUCCAAUCCAAAAUCAAUUGUAUCUCCUGGAGGUGUGGGUUUUGAUAUAAACUGUGGAGUGCGUCUAUUGAGAACCAAUUUGCAUGAAAAAGAUUUGCAGCCCAUCAAGGAGCAACUAGCACAAAGUCUGUUUGAUCAUAUUCCAGUUGGAGUAGGUUCUACUGGAAUAAUACCUAUGAAUGCUAGAGAUAUGGAAGAAGCUUUAGAAAUGGGUAUGGAUUGGAGCUUAAGAGAAGGCUAUGGAUGGGCUGAAGACAAGGAACAUUGUGAAGAGUAUGGCCGAAUACUUAAUGCUGAUCCUUCCAAAGUAAGUCUUAGAGCCAAGAAAAGAGGCUUACCGCAACUUGGCACUCUUGGUGCUGGUAAUCACUAUGCAGAAAUUCAAGUAGUUGAUGAAAUUUAUGACAAAUUUGCUGCUGGCAAAAUGGGUUUAGAAAGAAUCGGCCAAGUUUGUGUGAUGAUCCAUUCUGGAAGUAGAGGAUUUGGUCAUCAAGUAGCAACUGAUGCAUUAGUGCAAAUGGAAAAAGCAAUGAAGAGGGAUCAAAUUGAUGUUAAUGAUCGACAGUUAGCGUGUGCUAGAAUUAAUUCUGUUGAAGGACAAGAUUAUUUAAAGGCAAUGGCAGCCGCUGCUAACUUUGCAUGGGUUAACAGGACCUCAAUGACAUUCCUUACGCGUCAAGCAUUUGCUAAACAAUUCAAAAUGGCCCCAGAUGACUUGGACAUGCAUGUUAUUUAUGAUGUAUCUCAUAACAUUGCCAAGAUGGAAGAGCAUAUUGUAGAUGGGAAAAUAAAAACUUUAUUGGUUCAUAGAAAGGGUUCCACAAGAGCUUUCCCUCCACACCACCCUCUCAUACCAGUAGACUACCAACUGACUGGACAACCGGUCUUGAUUGGAGGCUCUAUGGGAACUUGCAGCUAUGUCCUUACUGGUACCCAUCAAGCAAUGACAGAAACCUUCGGAUCAACAUGUCAUGGAGCCGGUCGUGCUCUAUCCCGUGCCAAAUCUAGACGCAAUAUAGAUUACAAAGAGGUAUUAAAUAAAUUGGAAGGAAUGGGUAUUUCCAUAAGAGUUGCAUCACCUAAGUUAGUAAUGGAAGAAGCUCCUGAAUCUUACAAAAAUGUAACUGAUGUUGUGAACACUUGCCAUGCUGCUGGUAUCAGUAAAAAAACUAUUAAAUUACGACCAAUUGCUGUUAUUAAAGGU